CCUCGUCCACCACGGGGCUACUCGAGGCUGCGCGCUCGAGACUUGGUUUCGCUCUCGGCGAUUGUCGCGAAAAACGUCCGUUCCGUUUCCGCGCACGUCGCGUCGUCUCCAGCUGUAUAUCGUGUCAAAUCUCACACACGCGGGAUGAGCGUUUAAUCGCGCGCGUGCGGCGCUAGCGAGAGCAAGGCAGGCACGAGAGAGCGAGAGAGAGGAGAAAGAUGUCGAAAGUCGCUGACAGACAGAGCUACGCGCAGACCUACAAGCUCGUCGUCGUGGGUGGGGGCGGUGUCGGAAAAUCGGCGAUCACGAUACAAUUCAUCCAAAGUUAUUUCGUGACCGAUUAUGAUCCAACAAUUGAGGAUUCUUAUACGAAGCAGUGCGUUAUCGACGAUGUACCAGCUAAACUCGACAUAUUGGACACUGCUGGCCAAGAAGAAUUUAGUGCAAUGCGCGAACAAUACAUGAGAAGCGGCGAGGGAUUCCUCCUUGUGUUUGCCGUCACCGAUCACUCGUCUUUCGACGAGAUAUUAAAGUUUCACAGGCAAAUACUUCGGGUAAAGGAUCGAGAUGAAUUUCCUAUGCUGAUGGUUGGAAAUAAAGCAGAUUUGGACCACCAAAGGAGUGUAUCAAUUGAGGAGGCACAAAAUAUGGCGCGUCAAUUGAAGAUUCCAUAUAUUGAAUGCAGCGCUAAGCUACGGAUGAAUGUCGAUCAAGCUUUCCACGAGUCGGUGAGAAUCGUCAGAAAAUUUCAACUGUCGGAACGGCCGCCGCUAAAACCAAAUUAUAAGAAGAAUAAGAAGAAAUGUUGCAUGCUGUAAUAACAAAAUUAUUUAUUCUGACGAAUGAUUUAUCACACUUAUCGGAUUGUAUUUAUGGUAGUGAGAAUUCAAGAAACACAAG